UUUCACUAUUUAUACUUCUCUACGUCUUUAACCACAUUGCAUCCGCCACCUCCUCCACCACCACGUUUACCACCAUCAUGACUGCCAACGGCUGCAUAGUCCUCGCCAUUGUGCUCUGUAUGUUCCUCAAGCCUUCAUUUGCUGGCUUUGAAAAACGGAACCUGUUUCCAAACGUGACGGUGACCGUGGCCAAUGAUAGGGACAAGGAUGUUUUUUGUAUGUGCAAAGGCUCAAAAUUCAGCGAUGCGUUGCAUGUGCUCAAGGCAGGAGAGAGACUGAGCUAUGUGUUUACGCAAAUUGCUUUCCCUAUGCGUUGGUGCUACUUGUAUAUUGAUGACAAUAAGCAAGGGUUUUUCUGGGCUUAUACGGUGAGGUCAAGAUGCACCAUGUGCUUUUGGAGCAUCAAAGAACAACCCUAUUUGUACAGACCUGAUCGGAAUCGAUGGGAGCGCCAGAAACUUUAUCGUCCGCCGAGCUUGAUGAUCAAAGGGAAAGAAGAUCAGAAACCACGGCUUUGACGGGAAGAUUAAUUAUGAACUUUUCAUGGUUUUCAGGGAAUGAGAUAAGGGAGAUUCAAUCUGUGCAAGGGGGCUCUACAACAUAUAUUUGUUUCUGUUGCAGAAAAACAUGCAAUC